UGUGAGCAUCAUGAGGGAAAGAAAGACACAGUUCCAAGUCAUGACUGCUGUAGAAAUUGGUACGGGUCUAGCAAGUCUAUGGAACCAGAUAUGGCUGUUUACAUGGCACAUAAGAUGAAUGACAAUGAAUGCCCGAUUGAUGUAAUUCAUGCUGACAAUGAUUCUACUACCAUGUUAAAACUGAAACUGGACUUUGAAAACUUGAAGAAAAAGGACGACCAAAAUCACACUACAAAGGGAAUAACAAAAUCACUGAUUGAAUUGUCUAAAAGGCACAAGGAGCUGAAGCCAGGAGAGGUUAUUCCCUAUUUGAACCGAUGUUUCAUGUAUGCUAUAACACAGAACAGCAGUAGUGAACUUCAAAUUGAUGAGGGUCUUUCCAGAAUUGUUCCCCAUGUCUUUGGAGAUCAUGAAUUGUGUGGUGCAGUAGACUGGUGUACAUUUAAAGAUGAUUCUAUAUCUUUCAAUGAAGAUUUGAGGAGAGAUUUAGAGAAUCUUAUAGAGAAAUAUAAGAGCAAAGCAUCUUCACUCAGAAAUUUAGGAUCCACACAGGCUAAUGAGAGCUUCAACCAUUCUGUAGCAACGAAAGCUCCAAAAUCCAAACACUAUGGUGGUUCACAAUCCCUGGCAAGUAGAGUGUCAUCAGCUGUGCUUCAAAAGAAUGAAGGUUGCAAUUACUUAGAACAGAUGAAUGAAGCUGCACUUCUUUCACCUGGAGAAUAUACAAAAAGUAUUGCAAAGAAACUUGAUUCAGAAAAACUGAAUAGAAAGAUUAAGAGGCAAAGUCGUGAGUUCAAGAAAAAAAGGACUGAACUAAAGAAAAAAAGGAAUAAGAAAGAAAGGCGACUAAAUAUUCAUGAACCGGUUUCAUAUCAAUCUGAAGUUGCAACAAUAGGUUUAUCAGAUACUGAGGCUAUUACUAUACCAUCGCCAUUGAAAUUGGACGGCACAGAAUCCUUCACAUUUUCUGAUCUUGAAACCACAGGUUUAAGUAGAGUAAGUGAUAUUACUCAGAUAGCAGCUGUACAUGAUACGAAAUUAUAUCAAUCUUAUGUUUUACCUAGAUGCGAUAUUUCAUUUGAAGCCUCAAAAGUAACCGGAAUAACCUGCUGUCUGGCUAAAAAUAAAAUGUAUGUGCACGGAAAAGAAGUGGAUACUAAAUCCCAAUAUGAAUCAUUAUUAGAUUUUAUUGAAUUUUUAAAAACAAUUCCAAAUCCAAUCCUUGUUGGACAUAACAUAUGUAAUUUUGACAUGGCAAUUUUGUCAAACAAAUUGAAGGAAUUCAAUUUAUUUUCUUCAUUUUGUAAUGUUACUUCAGGAUUUCUUGACACACUUAAAUUAGCAAAAAGGAUUUUCCCCCGAAAUGAAGUAGACAAUUACAAACAAUCAACUCUUAUUUUAAAGUAUGUUGGUAUGGAAUACAGUGCACAAAAUGCCACAGAAGACGUACAGUCCCUUCAACAUUUAUUUCACCAAAAAAUGAAGAAUAACUGUAAACAUAUCGAUCUACAUAGCAUUUACUAUUGCAGAUGCAAAUCUACGUAUGACAGUUUAGUGCAAAACAAAACUGUGAGCAGAGAUACUUGUAUGAGACUUGCAAAGAAUGGAAUAUCUUUAUCCCACUUACAGAUAGCUAACAGUAGAGAUGCAAACGGAAUUAAAUUAUUGUUUCAAGAGUUCAACAUUCCUACCAAAACUGCCUCUAUAUUUGUUUCUGCUUUUGCAACUGAACAGUAA